UGUCACUAGAGCUCUCUUCACACACAAGGGUAUUAGUGCCGCUCAGCAGCUUAAACCACCAGAAGCCACAGCCUUGCCCCCCCUGCCCUCACUGCAGACAAAAAGCCGAAAUAACUGCUCCACCCCGCCAGGUCUGACCAGGAGCUUCUCCUCAACAGGUGUCUGUCAGUGAAGGAAACUCUUCAAGUCAGGUGACCUUUCCCCGCCCCGGUGUCCCAGCAGGCAGGCAUGGCAGACGGUCAGCAGCCAGAGGGCCACUGGGCCGCCAAUGGCCAAGAGAAUGGCGAGAAUGGCUACUCCUCGUACAGGUCAGCUUACAGGGAGAAUGGAUACCACGGUGAGGCGGCUGUGCACCCUGGGGCGGCAGUGGAUGACUCAGCCAAUCUGCCUCCCUCCCCUCCCCCCUCUCCAUCCGCUGAGCAGAUCGGGCCUGUGGCACAAGACGAGAAAGUAGUGGUUGUCAGCACUCCCUCUGAGGAGGAGCAGCAGGAGGAUGAGGAGGAGGCUCCAGAGGAGCUUCUCAGUUACCACCAAGAAGUAACAUAUGGGCAGCAAGGAGACAUGCUCUUAGAGCAAGCAGAUUUUAUAACAGAGCCACAGGCUUUGGCUUGCCAGCAGGCCCAGACACCUGAGGUCCUCAAUGGAGGAAGUCAUCAAGCUGAACAGGGCAGCCCCUCACAGGAAGAAGGUCCAGAAGAAUGUAUCAGUAAACCAUCUUGUGAGCCUUCUAUGAAAGAGGAUGAACCCCAGCAGGCACCACAAGAUCAAGUAUCACACACAGUCGACAAAACACCUGAAGGAGUAGAACACGUCUUGGCUGAGUCUUCCUCAGUGACAAUGUCUCCACUUAAGCAGCCAGACAAACAGGACACAGGGAAGAUGAUAGAAGAGGUACCUGAGAGUCAUUUGCUCGUUGAGUCCAAAGCCAUAGCAGAAAAACAGCCCUCACUUGGUGAAGAGGGCUUACACCUCCAUGCAGAGGACCGAGAAAGACACAUCUUACAGAGCAAACCAGAAACCUCUAAGAGUGACAGUGAGGACAAAUUUGUGACAAUUGAGAGAAUGCAGAAAGAGGGCCCAGACAGUGGCAGUGACAUUCAGUUGCAUGAGACACCACCACAGACUGACGUGAACAAAGGUGAUCAAAGGCAAGUUACUUUCAAACCAAGUUCAGAACCUGGCAUAGAGCCAACUGUCACAGCAGAUACAUUAACUGAGGAUGAGUCAAGAGCGAAAGCCUACUUUGAGACAUCCACACAAAACCGUGAAGAGGAGCCAUCACAAACACAAAGUUACUAUGAACUCAGUACGGUAACAGAGACUAAAUUAAGCCAGGAGAAAACUGUUAACAGUUUAAAUGUUGAAUCAAGGCACCAGACCCUUGAUCAGGUUAGCUCCAAAGUGACAAGUGAAAGCAUUAUACAGAAGCAAGAAGAACACUCAGAGGGAAAGGUUGGGCUGUCUCCUGGGAAAAUGUCAUUGGAACAGAGAAGCCUCUCCCUGAAUGUUACUGUUGGGUCCUUGGCAGGGCAGACAACGGUGGGAGGUAAGUCAAGCAGCAUCUCAGCUAUCUUGUGUCCUAUCAGUGGAAGUUUUGAUGAAUCAACAGCUGUUCCUCCAACACCAUCAGUAGAAAGCCAUUCACCCAAGAUUCCUCCAGCUCUGUCCGUUACCCCAACCUUCACUGAAUCUCCUGAAGAUAUCUCAACCAAGACAGAAAGAGAUGGAUUACCCUCCCCCAAACACACUUUUGAACAAACAAGUGGUCUCUCUGAGAUGUUGGACCUGGCAGGAGCCCUGCCUAGACGAUCACUAGAAAAGAGGGAGAUGGACCAUAGACGAAAGUCUGUACCCGCCAAUGUAUCAGCUCUGGUGGGGAGUUCUUUGGCUAAACUUGCCCUGGGAGAACAGACGCCGAGAGUGAUGGAAGGGGAAAGCCAGCUGGAGGAGCUGGGCUACUGUGUCUUCAGUGAGUACUCAGGGCCCAUGCCCUCCCCUGCAGACCUCCCUAGUCCAGGGCACUCCCCUCAUCAGCAUUUCCCUUCAGUGGAGAGUGAGGGGGAGGAGGAACUUGGAGCUAUUAAAGCCAAAGAUGAUCAGAAAGUUGCAAUGAAACAACCAGACCAAAAAGAAGUUGUCACUGACAUUUCUCAGAAAAUUGUGGUUGAGAAGAAGGAAGUUCUUGGAGCACCAGUGAAGUCUACUAUGAUGCUUGAAAGAGCUGUGACAACUGGCAUGAAACCUGAUCGCCUAAGGAUCCCUGUGACCUCUAAAGACCGACUGUCUGAAUUUCGUUUGGAGAGUGGUUUGCCCGAUGACAUCAAGAUCCAAGCUAUCCCUGAGGUAGAGGUGGAAAAGGACCCUUCCAGAGAGGCCUCUCCUAUUCCACCAGACAAUUCAUUUACUUUUAGUACUAGCGGAAUUGGAGGUAAGGGUUCCCUGACUCCCACCACCCCCAAGUCUCCAGAUGAUGCAUCUUCAGAAUUUCAUGUCACUGGGGAGGGAACCAAGACUGUUAUGUCUGAUGUCAAAGCAGAAAAGGAUCUAGAGUCUGAGAAUAUUAAUAAUAAACAGUCAGAGUCGAACAAAGAGAUGAAGAAAUGUGACUGUGAUCAUCAAAUCAGGACUGGUGAAGAAUCAGAGGUAGCAAAAAUGGAUGAAUCCUCAGGAAAGAGUUUAGAAAAAGAGCGCGAAAAGUGUCAAAGUGAGCAUGGGAUAACUGGAACAUUUGAAGAAACAGAAACAGGAACCCAAGAGGCAUCAAAAGCUGGUCAGCAUCCUCUCAUUGAGAAACCCACAGUUGAGAAAGAUGCCCAAAACCAGUUAGGGGAGAUCAAUCAGAAAGGCCCUGUGAUACCACCAGUAUCUUCCCCAGUCAUCAUCAUACCUCAAGCACAAGUGGAGGAGGAGGCAGAGGAAGAGGACUAUGUUGAGAUUGCUGAAGAGCCUCAAGAGAUAAUGGAGGAAUCUGAAGAGUCUGUGCUUCCCAAGGAGCAAGCACACGAGUGUCUCCUCAGAGAGGAGGCGAAGGAGGGAAAAACAAAAGAGGAGGUGAGGCUAGUGGAAGGUAUUCAGAUGACUGAAGAUGAGCCUAAGUCUGGAGCAGAAGAAUCAAGUCACAGUGGACAAAUCAGUAAUGAGGGGGAACCUGAUACAGACAGCUCUCACCUGUCUGCCUGCUCUGACCACGAUCUGCCACAGUUACCUCUGGAAAGAGGUAAAAAUGAGGAGAUGAAAGAGGACAGGGUAGUAGACAAGCCCCAAAAAGCCAAGGAAGGAGAGAAGAAAGAGGAGGAUGAGAGGCAAGGACAAGUAGAGGAAGAGGACAAGGAGAAGGAAGUUGAAUCUGCCAAGUCAGAUGAAGAGAAAGAAGAAAGGGAAAAGAUGGAUGAUAAGGAUAGCGAGGAAAGAACACAAGAGGAGGGUUAUAGAGAAGAAGAGAGCAAAGACAUUGAGAUUGGUGAGGAGGUGGAGGAGACCUCUUGUAUGCUCAGCCAGACCAGUCAGACAGCUAACGAUGAAACCACCAUGGAUGUCUCCAUCAGUGGCUGGAUGGACUCACAAGAUGAUGAUAUAAGUGUCAUGACUGAGAAAAUUGAAGCCCUUCCUCAGACCCAGAGUCCUACCAGUACACCUGUGGUGGACAGACCCGCUAAACGGGCCCCUGGCAGAGAGAAGGGCCGCUGUGACACCACUGAGAGUAAAGUGUCCCGCAAAGUGCCCAGCCACCAUCCAAGAGACGAGAUGAAGAAGAGAAAAGUGGGCAUGAGGAGGGCUGAACAGAAUAAGGUGUCAGCCCUCCAAAGUCGCUCUCCAUCUCGAAAGAGUGUAGUCAAAGCGGCGGCCAGACAACCUAGGCCUGCUCUGCUUCACGGCUCUGCUAGACGCAAGGCCACAGGCAUGGAGGGCCACCAGCCACUCAGUGUGGCCAACCAGUCCAGGGAGAGGCCCACUGAGAGAGCCUACCGCAGCCCAGAGAAGAGGUCAUCCCUGCCCAGGCCAGCCAAAUCUCUGACACGCCACAUCCCUGCUGCUGAACAAGAGGACAGCAGCACCCCCCGCAGGCCAACAUGUACAGACUCUGCACGCUCCCGGUCGGUGCGUAGCGGUGCUUCCACCCCUGGCUCCACCGCCGUCACACCCGGCACUCCGCCCAGCUACUCCUGCCGCACUCCUGGAUCGCGCACCCCUGGCAGCCAUACGCCCAAGUCCUUCAGCCUCCUGCAGGAGAAGAAGAUUGCGGUGAUCCGGACCCCGCCAAAGUCACCCUCCUCUGCCCAGAAGCAGCUGAAGGUCCUCAAUCAGCCCCUGCCCGACCUCAAGAAUGUCAAGUCAAAGAUCGGCUCCACCUCCAACUUAAAGCACCAGCCGAAAGGAGGACAGAUUCAAAUUUUAAACGAGAAGCUGGACUUCAGUCAUGUUCAGUCAAAGUGCGGCUCCAAGGAUAAUCUGAAGCACUCGCCCAGAGGAGGCAAUGUCUUUAUUCCAAGCGUUAAACUGGACUAUAGCCAUGUUCAGUCUAAAUGUGGCUCCCUGGACAAAAUCCAGCACCAUGCAGGCGGAGGACAUGUCCAAAUCCAGUCCAAGAAGAUAGAUGUGAGCCAUGUUACUGCCAAAUGUGGCUCCAUGUCCAACAUUCACCACAGACCAGGUGGCGGUCAUGUGCGUAUAGAGAACGUGAAGCUGGACUUCAAAGAAAAGGCCCAUGCCAAGGUUGGCUCCAUGGACAAUGCCAGCCAUGUUCCUGGAGGGGGGAACAUUAUGAUUGAGAGCCACAAGCUGAUGUUCCGGGAAACGGCCAAGGCUCGAGUGGACCAUGGUGCGGAAAUCGUCGUCACCCACUCCCCUGGGGGUGAGACGGGGGGCAAUUCCCCUCGCCUGUCCUCUGCCGGCAGCAUCAACCUCCUGGAGUCUCCCCAGCUCUCCACGCUGGCCCAAGAUGUCACCGCUGCCCUGGCCAAGCAGGGCUUAUGAGCUUCUUGCCCCCACUGCUCAACAGGAUCUCGGAUACCCUGCCCUCACACACACACACACACACACACACACACCAUCACUCCUCUCCCAUUGCUCUCAUAGACACAUGCACCAAGAAUCCAACAUACCUCCAAGGUCCUUCUCUGCAACUCCUCCCCCCUCGCCCCCUCAUCCCUUCAGUUUUUACAGUUGUAGUUGAUUGACUGUCUUGUCCAUCAACAGCCCUUCCAAACCGUGUCUCCUCUGAAAAAAAAAAAAAAAAUGCUACUUUAGCCAGUUGUCCACUAGAGGGAUUUUAAAGACUGAAUUCUAAGAUUUCUCCUGUCGGUUCCUGUUCAUUGAAGCCCUAAAAGGGAUUAAAGCUCAAUUCUCGCUGUUCAUUCGUGUGUUUCACUCAUUUUUAUUCACUCAACGUUGGGACUGUUUUUUGUUUUGCCAGGUGAGCUGAGUUCUGAGACAUCAGAGAAGACCGGGUUGACAGGGAGUGUUUGUCCAAGAAGGCGUUGUCCAGUUUUAAGAUUGUGUGGUUCUAGUGAGAAAAUCAUCAACUCAUUCCACUUGUUCCAAGAUAAACUACUAGGUGAACCCACGCUCACGUAUCCAUUCACAAAAUGUACGGUAUUGGAUGCAAGAUAUAGCUACUAGAAACUAGGCACUAGUCUUAAAGAUACAUUUGUGUGAGAGACUAAACCUGCAGAAACAUGGUGUGUAACUGUACUUGUGAAAGAACGGUUGAUGACAUAUUGAGCAUGUCUGCUAAAAUGUGAUAUUUUCUAGUCAAACAACAUGAUGUUCUUUUUUUUGUUUGUUUGUUGUUUGAUUUUAAUCAUAUGAGUUCCUGAUACUGCGUGCUGACUUGUUGGACAAUUGUUGGACAAUUGUGUUCUCUUGUUAUAUUUUCUUUUUAUAUAUGUCACUGUAGUGAAAAUUGUUAUUUCCCUCCCUGUGGCUGCACUGGCUUAGCACUAAAAAGCGGAUAACCAUUGCAGUUAAUGUCCAGUCAAACGCUAAAAGCUAGCUUUCCAAUAGAUCUUUUUCUUUAAUUAUUUUUUUGUUCGUUCACAAACCAAUGGGCUGCUCUUCUUGUUCCAUGAUUAGGGCAUUAGUUUUACAUUAGUUCUGUAAUUUUAAUGCAACAAUGCUGUUAUGCUGGCAUGGCAAAUAAAUAAAUAAAUAAAUAAAUUAGAUCUAUGUGGAGCUAUCUCAGACUUUCACAUCUGAAAGGCGUCUUCAGUGUGAGUGUAAAUGGCUUGGAUGCCAUUUCAGAGUUUAUACCACUAUGGUCGAGCCCACUCACUUCAAAAGGCCUUUGACCCUCAUCCCCCUUCUGUAUAGACUGGAUUGUAUAGUAGCAAAGGGCCCACAGUCACUUGUGUAACUAAGUGGAAAUUCUUGAGCUUUAUAUGAAAACAUUCCAUUAAAAAGAGCAGCUACCCGGCCCAAUGUGACAUUGAUGGCUGUUUUGACCGUGUAACUUUCUAGGAAAAAAAUGCAGAUAUGAUGAAAAAAUAAAGAAUGGCAGUUAUUCUCAACAUGCACCUGUUAGGAUUGUUAAUUAAAGAAAAAAAAAACUGUAAAAAAAGAAAAAAAAAAAACUGUUAUAGCAUAUUCUCUGGUCACCAUUGUGAAACCCCCUCUGACCCCCCCUGACGUUGGUUAUACCCCUCCAGGUGUUUUUCUGUGCUUUCUCUUCUUGCCUUCCUCCCCCCGGCCCCCUUUUGCUUGUGUAAGUGUAUUUAAAAGACCAUGUAGAUGUGUGCACACUUUCCAGUGUUUGAGACAAUACUGAUGACAAAAUGCUCCUACAGGAUGAUGACAACAGAAAUAAAGGAAAUAAAAACUUU